AGAUUACCCAUCAAGUGUCGGGUCCGCCAAAAUAUUAUCUCCCAUUUGAUCGCCACUAUGAUGCAUUUUCCCUGAGAGGUGACACUGCUCUGUUUAUGCUUACUGCAGUUAUGUGUGAAGCUAAGUGUGAAACAAAGACUAAAGAUGGGGUCACCUGGGCAGCACAAGCAGAAGAAAACAAGAUACAGGCGAUACGGACAAAGUGUGACCAAAUCACAGAUCAGUCCCUCGAGAGCACUAGAAGAAUGAACGACCUUCUCGAUGAGGCGAAAGAAGCGGGAAUCCGAGCUCUUGUUCUGAUCGACGAACAGGGAGAACAAAUGGAUCGAAUAGAGGAAGGCAUGGACCAGGUCAAAAUCGACAUGAAGGACGCCGAGAAAAGCCUAGAGGAACUCCGAAAAUGCUGUGGAUUAUGUGUUUUACCGUGGUCAUGGCCUUGGAGAUGGUCAAUAAGAGAAGAAUACGAGGAAAAGUGGAAUUUUUCCGAGGACGGUAAGGUGAACUCCGAUAGACUGCGGAUAGCAGCAGGCAAAAGCGUGGGAUCUAGUAGUCCAAUUAUUACCAGAAUCACCAACGAUGGUAGAGAAAAUGAAAUGGAGGAGAACUUGACAAGUGUCAGUUCUGCCCUGAGCAAUCUACGAAACAUGGCUCUCGAUAUGGGGAGUGAGAUUGACUGCCAGAACAGACAGCUGGACCGCAUCAACUUUAAAGGAAAAACCAACGAAUCCAGAAUUCUGGUGGCCAACCAAGAACUGCAGAAAUCAUUAAAGAAUACUUAACAACCACAAAUUGCAGAAGUAAUUAAAUAAUACUUAACAACCAUGAACUGCAGAAGUCAUUAAAGAAUACUUAACAACCAAGAACUGCAGAAGUCAUUAAAGAAUACCUGAACUGUCUUCCUGUAGAAUGAGUAUUCUAUGGAUUUGUUCAUGAUUUGAUUUCACACAUCGUAUAUCAUAUAUACUGUAGUUAAUAAACCAAAUAUGAUUAUUCAUUUUAUAUAUAUAGAUAGAUAGAUAGAUAGAUAGAUAGAUAGAUUGAUAGAUAUAUGUACAUGUAUAAUGGAGAAUGUCAAAGAUGUUUGUAAGAAAUAAUUUUUACCCACUUUUGACAAAAAGUAGGGAUUAUUUUGUCUGUUGAUGCACAUGUAAUAUGUGCACAUCUCCCGGUGAUUGCUAAAGUAAAGUAAAAUUAAUAAUUCUAAGAACCGCUAGUUCUUUUGUGAAUAAAUUGGCAUGAUUAGCCGUCCACGUGGCAUCUUGUGAGAAUUACAUUUCCAAUGUUUUUACAUAUCUCAACAAAUUGUAAUGAUAGUAAUUUCUUUAUGAAUGCGCUGCAAUUGUAAACAACGUGCUUGUAAAUCUGGAUAAAUAUACAUGUAGUGCGUCCAUUUCAACAGGGAACUCCGAUAGAAAUGAAAGUAGAAUGUAAACUUUCGUUUUGAAAAUACACGAGAGUAUGAAUUGUGGCGCGUUUCAUGAAGCCUGCCGACGUGAAGCGUUGCAGUCAUACUCUCAUGUAUUUUCAAGAAUAUCAAAAUGAAAAGGUUUGAAUUCCAUCAAAAAAAUUCAAAAUGACAGACAGCACCUCAAAUGAGACAAAGAAUACAGUACUACAUUUUUGAUAUGUUGAACUCUGAAACGUACAUGUAUCACUUGCAUUUGAAAUGGUUUAAAGUAAUUCCACCCUCCUGUGAUGUCAUCAGAUUUUGCAAAAUCAAUGAUUUAUUUAGAUUUAUGCAUAAUAGGAACAUAAAUUUUGUUAGUCUUUUCCGAUAGUAGUGUAAAAAAUUUUGUUAAAAAAACUUUUCAAAAUUCUAAGUUGUAGAUGAAUAGUCAAUAAUACGUUUUAAAAUAUUGAAUCAAAGGGCAAUGACUCUGUUUUUAUUGAUUUCUCUAUCAAGUGUAUUAUGUGAUAGAUUUCCUUUAUUUUUACAGACAUUUCGUAUAUUUUUGUGAAGAUACAGUUUCAUGAAAUUGUUAUGAAUGCCAUUAUAUCUUCAUAACCAGUUUGUAUGAAAUUUUGAUAACACUGUUUAAGGAAAAUUGCAAUUUUCUGACGGUGAUUAUAUGAUUCUGUUUAUGUACGUCUCGCAUCUUUAAAAGUGUGAUGACCUAUGUAUUUUAUUUGAUAAUUUGUUAGUUUUAACUCUAAUGAAUGGAAAUAAAUACACUUUUAAAACUUG